AUGUCCGAUUCCAUUCCAAAAACCCAGAUCGCGGCCGUGUUCGACAAGCACGACGGUCCAAUUGAAAUCCGUGAAAUUCCAGUACCAGAGAUUGGUGAUAACGAUAUCUUGGUCAAAAUUCAUUAUUCCGGAGUUUGUCAUACUGAUUUGCAUGCCUGGAAGGGGGAUUUCCCUAUCAAAGCCAAGAAUCCACCACUGGUCGGAGGUCAUGAAGGAGCUGGGGAGGUGGUGAAGAUUGGUCGCGAUGUGAAGAACUUUAAGGUUGGAGAUCGUGCUGGUAUUAAGGUGAGUAUUUUGGAAUUUUUUAUAGUAUGGUGAUUAUGAUUGAAAAAAAAAGAUUUGUUUGAUUUUUCUUGCCUAAAACGCUAUUUUCAUAAUUUUUGUUACCUAAAAUGAAAUUUUUUUGAAAUUUUUACCGAAAUUACUAUUUUCGUGAAUUUUGUUACCUAAACUCAACUUUUUUGCAGUUUUGUUACCUAAAAGUGAGGUUUUUUCAAAAUUUGUUACCUAAAAACUACUUUUUUGACGGUUUGUUAACUAAAAAUUAAUCUUUAAAGAAUUUGUUACCUAAAAUCAAUUUUUUAAAAAUUUGUUACCUAAAAUUGACAUUUAUAUUGAUUCUGUUAUCUAAAAUCAACAAAAAUUUUUUUCGGAUUUUUUUUACCUAAAAAUUGAUUUUUUAAAAAAUUUGUUGCCUAAAAUUCACGUUUUUAUUGAUUCUGUUAUCUAAAAUGGAUUAUCAAACCAGUUGUUACCUAAAAUCGAUUUUUUUUUUUUUAAAUCUGUUACCUAAAAUUAACGUUUUUGAAGUUUUGUUACAUAAAAACUAUCAUUUUUAAAAAUUUGUUACCUAAAAAUCACAUUUUUCCCGAUUUCAGUGGCUAAACGGUUCCUGCCUGACCUGUGAACAAUGUCGUCAAGGACACGAGAACACUUGCUCCGUGACCAAGCUCUCCGGCCUAACCCACGAUGGCACGUUCCAACAAUACGCGGCCGUGAAAGCCACGGAAGCGACGCCAAUCCCAAAAGAUAUUGAGCUAGCCAAAGCGGCGCCUAUUCUCUGCGCCGGACUAACCGUCUACCGUGCAUUGAAGGAGGCUAACGUUCAGGCGGGUCAAUUUAUUGCGAUUCCUGGCGCGGGCGGUGGUUUGGGCAGUUUUGCUAUUCAAUAUGCGACUGCCAUGGGGCUGAGGGUGGUGGCGAUUGAUCAUGGCAGCAAAGAGGAGCAUUGUAAGAAGCUGGGUGCUGAAGUGUUCAUCGACGCUUUUAAGGUAUGUCACGGUUGGUUUGGAAAGGGGACAGGUAGGGGAGUAAGUUUUUUUUGGGCGGGGUAAAAAAUUUUUUUGGGCGGGGUAAAAAUAUUUUUUUCGUCGGGGUAAAAAGUUUUUUUUAAACGUUGUAUAAAUUUUUUGGAGGCGGAUUAAAAACAUUUUUUCUGGGCGGGGUGAAAAUAUUUUUUGGGCGGGGUAUAAUUUUUUUCGGGAGAGGAGGCAAGCUGAUCUAUAUUGAAAUAAAGAGCUUGCCAAAAAAAUUUUGAGGGCGGGGUAAAAUUUUUUUUGGUCUGAAUUGGAAAGCGAAGUAAGGUUCAUCCAUACUAUUCUUCCAGGAAGACCUAGUAGACCAAGUAGUCAAAUACACCGAUGGUGGCCCUCAAGGGGUGCUCUGCAUCGCCGCUCAACCUAAAACAAUGUCCCAAGCCACGGAUUAUGUUCGUACCCAAGGCACAGUAGUCCUCAUUGCUCUACCCAAGGACGGCUACUGUAACAUCAACGUGUUUUGGGCGGUAGUCAAGUGUAUCACGGUAAAGGGAUCGUAUGUGGGAUGUCGACAGGAUGCUAUUGAGGCUUUGGACUUUCUGCGGCGUGGUAAAAUCGAUGUGCCAAUUGAGGUGUUGCCUCUGAAGGAGCUGCCAAAUGUGUUUGAUAAGAUGGACAAAGGAGAGCUGAAGGGACGUGUUGUACUGGAUUUGACAAAGUAG